AUGUGGCGAGAGUCCAUGAUGGAGUUGCUGGACUUGCUUGAAGCAGAGAACCCAGAAGACCCGGCGAUGGCCCCAAAGGAGUUGUCGGAAUGGGCUUGUAUUUAUAUCAAAUACCUACAGACAUUUCGCAAGCUUGAGAUGGCGUACCAUCAAAUGUUGCACCCACAAAAGCGCAUAGAUAUGAAACGAGCUCUGGAGGCGUGCAUCGGGAGAAUGCUGGAAAUCCGCCACUGGCUGGUAAAGCUGAACCGCUCGCUCGACUUCAUUAACCUUGAUGACGUCCUUGUGGAUUUGAAAUUGACACCAGAGUUCAUAGAGAUACCAGUCCCGAGGUACUUCAGGGAGGACAGGGCAAGGGAACUUGAAGACAGGGACAAGUUUCUAGAGGCUCUGGUUGAGAAAUACGCUGUGCCACAACCAGACCGGCCAGAAGUCAUUCCAGCUCUGAAUCCUCUGAAAGAAGAGGACGCGGUCGUCGUGAUACAGAAUAAUGAGCGGGGGAGGCAAGCGCGGGAAAAGGCAAAAGCUAUGCUGUCGCUGAAGAAACAAAGACGAUUGGAGGACAAGAGAAGCAAGAUGGGGGUGGCCAUCACUCACGAACAAGCUGCAACGACCAUCCAGUCUGCCAUUAGAGGAAUGCUUUGGCGAAGAAGGGUGCGCAGAGAGGCAGACAAGGAACUGGUUUUCAUCGAAAUGAAAUUGAAGGUUAAAGAUGCAGCAAAGGAUCCCUGCGUUAUCGAAGGCGCCAACUUGUCCCGAAGAAAGCGCCUGCAAGAAGAGAACUCGAGGGAAUACGAUGACGCAAUAGUGACGCUGAAAGAUAAAGUGAGAGACACAGAAGGGCAGGAUAUGAGAGAGACGAUACAGGACAAGGUCAAUGCCUGGUUCGUGGAGAACCGGCACCCGGAAACGGGUGAAUAUCCAGAUUUCCCUGAGCCUGAAGAGGGAGGCUCGAAGCGCAUUCUCAAUCCGCCCCCACCUCCACCAGAGCCUGUGGAGGCCUCUGAAGAUGGUGGAAAAGACAAAGGGAAGGGAAAAGGCGGAAAAGACAAGGGUGACAAAGGUGCAGCAGAAGAAGCUGCAGGGGAAGAUGUUGUGGAAGAAGUAGUCAGGAGUGCUUUUGUCCCUGACAUCGAGGAGGCUGUCCAGGAGUACGUAAUCAAGUGGCAAGAUAGAGACGAGAGAGAUAAUUUCCAACAGAAGUACGAUGCUGAGCUCGUGAAGGAUGAGCUGCGGCCCAUUGUUUUUGAGGAAAUCCGCGAGCAAGUCGAUGAGGAAGUCAGAGCGAUGCUUCAAAAUCUGAAGGAUAUGAUUGAAGCAGAAAGAGCGGCGAAAUUGGGAAAGAAGGGAGGCAAAAAGAAGAAGGGAAAGAAGGGUAAGAAGGGCAAGAAAGGAAAAGGGGACAAGAAGGGAAAGAAGAAAAAAGACCCCACGGCAGACAGAAGCAUGGAGUCGCUUUAUGCAGAGCUUGUCAGCAAUGGAGUACUGCAGACAUGCAUUCAAGUGCAUAUCGAGGAUUACUUAGGAGCACCCAACUACCUGGGCGCCACACUUGAGAAGGCAGGAAUCAUUCCGGACGCCUCCAUGGCUCAAAUACGGCAGGCCGUCAACGAAUAUGCCAUCCUUCCCUUGGGAUCUGCCUACCUUCAUGAAAAGCUGCCAUUCGUCAAGACUAUUUUGCUGUAUGGCGCGGAGAAGACGGGAAAGACUCUGCUGGCCCAUGCUGUGUCCAACCUCGUGGGAGCAAACUUUUUUAACCUCAGUCCACGCAACACAGAUGGCAAGUAUCCUUCUAAAGCAGUCGCCAUGAUGAUACACAUGGUGUUCAAAGUUGCCAAGAUCAUGGCUCCGUCUGUGGUCUACUUGGACGAGGUGGAGAAGGUGAGGGACGAGCGGAGCUGA